GGCAUUUGAAGCUGAGUAAAUCAGAAUGGCAUUGGGAUUCUGUAAAGCUGUACAAACAAGAACAAUAGGAUUAAAGCUUUUUACAGACCACCCUGUUCUGUCACUGGUAUGGCCUGGCUCGGUCCGCCAUAAAUUCACAAGAUCGCGUAUUCCUGAAGAGACUUUUCAGCCAAAGCCUGAAGACCAUGAAAAAUAUGGGGGAGAUCCACAACAGCCACACAAGCUACACCUUAUCACUAGAGUACGUUCCGUUAUUGGAAGGCCAUAUUGGGAAAAGGAUGUAGUAAGGAGGCUUGGACUCGAAAAGGCUUACAAGCCAGUAAUCCAUAAGAACAUCCCAGCAGUCAAUGAACAGCUUAAAAUGAUCAAGCACUUAGUUAGGUAUGAGGGCUCCUUGUUCUCGUAUGGUCUUCCAGCAGAAGAGGAAAUGUCUAGCACUUACCUGAACAGUAAAGGCGAGCUGGUGAUCUGUAAAAGGCUGCAGCCAGUGGAGACCAAAUAUGUGGAAUCCUAGCACCUGUUAUUUCUAUGUAGUUUGUUAAAUAAAUCUUUUGUACAGAAUAAGUGUUCGUGUC